AUGAGCUCAAAUAUUAAUGAACUCUAUAGAAGAGUUAUCUAUCGAAACAAUACCCUUAUCGAAUUAUUAACAACAAGUAGAUCUACACUAGGAGAAUUAGUAAUGUGUCAGGAAAAAUUAGUACAAGAAGUCGUGGAUACACUUCUUGAUAAUGGAAUCGGGGGACAACCAAUGAGGGACGGUCAUAAUAAAGUUUACAAGUCAUUUUCUGAUGUAAUUGAAGGCAAAGAGGGAAGAUUUCGUGAGACUCUGCUUGGCAAACGAGUCGAUUAUUCAGGAUGUUCUGUCAUUGUCGUGGGUCCUUCACUUUCAUUACAUCGAUGUGGAUUGCCUCGUGAAAUAGCAAUAGAACUUUUCCAGACAUUUGUAAUUCGUGGUCUAAUUAGACAACAUCUUUCUUCGAACAUAGGAGUUGCUAAGAGUAAAAUUCGAGAAAAAGAGUCGAUUGUAUGGGAAAUCCUUCAAGAAGUUAUGCAGGGACAUCCUGUAUUGCUGAAUAGAGCACCCACUCUGCAUAGAUUAGGCAUACAGGAAUUCCAACCCAUUUUAGUGGAGGGGCGCGCUAUUUGUUUACAUCCAUUAGUUUGCAAGGGAUUCAAUGCCGAUUUUGAUGGAGAUCAAAUGGCUAUUAUGUACCUUUAUCCUUGGAGGCUCAUGUAG